GAGAGAGAGAGAGAGAGAGAGAGAGAGAGAGAGACAGAGAGACAGAGAGUAAAAAAAGACAACGCCUGCAAGCAGUCACAGCAGAAGAGGUGAAGAAUCUGCUCAUGACACAUGCAGCUAAGAAGCUUCUUUCUUAAGUGGGUGGAUUGUUUCUAAGUGACAGUCUAUCUGUAAACUGAGAGGGCACAAUGUCACGACGGGACCAGAGGUUUCGGAGAGGAAUGAAAGGACGGUGUUGUGAGUGUGGCUGUAUCCUGUCUCACUGGUACUAUGAAAGAGAGGGGCAGCUCUUUUGUAAGAAGCACUACUGGGCCCGUUAUGGAGAGCACUGCCACGGCUGCAGGGAGACCAUCACAACAGGACUCAUUAUGGUUGCUGGAGAGCAGAAGUACCAUCCUGAAUGCUUCACUUGUAUGAGCUGUAAAAUGUUCAUCGGAGAUGGUGACACCUACACACUUGUUGAACGCACCAAACUCUACUGUGGCCACUGUUUCUCUCAGGGUGUGGUAUCAACCGUGAGGUCAGCUUCUUCACUCACCAAGAGUCCCCACAUGGUGGCGCUGGUGUCUUUCCCUCCCCAUGCAGGUGGCCAAAGAGGCCUGACUGUAGCCACUGACCUCAGCCAAGAGAAAGGCCUUCUUGUCACAGUCACAGAGUUAGACCCAGCUGUCCUCAGCCCUGACCUGUUGCCCUCUCUACACACUGGUGACCGAGUACUGGAGGUCAACGGCAUCCCUGUCCGCAACAUUUCCCCAGAGGAGAUAAACUGUGUGAUCCAGGACACAAGCAGACCACUGCAGCUGACCAUUGAACACAACCCUCAGUCUCCUGACGACCUCCUCCACUCAAACAGUCCCCAAGACGAUAUUAGCUGUCCUGAUCCCUGUGUCUGUGAGAAACUUUCUUCGAACCACAAACUCCCGAGUCUAGAGGAAGAGCCAAGUCCAGGGGAGGAGAUAGAUGAACCAAUCGGAUUGAGCCUCUCACCACCUCAGAACCAAAGAACCAUGGGAAAGCGAUCCAGACACAUUUUGCGGAGCUGUAGUAUAGAUAAAUGUCCUCUGUCCCCUGGAACGCUGUCACUUUUAUCUCAAAGGAGAGAGAUGGUUCGCUCCGAGUCUCUUCGUGUGGACUCUGGAGAGCGGACACAUCGCAUCUUCAGACCUUCAGACCUCAUCCAUGGUGAAGUGCUUGGAAAAGGAUUCUUUGGACAAGCUGUCAAGGUAACCCAUCAAGAGACAGGGGAAGUGAUGGUGAUGAAAGAGUUGAUAAGGUUUGAUGAAGAGACACAGAAGACCUUCUUAAAGGAGGUGAAGGUGAUGCGCUGUAUGGACCACCCCAAUGUUUUGAAGUUCAUUGGACUGUUUUAUAAAGACAAACGAAUCAACUUCGUCUCUGAAUACAUUCAAGGAGGAACUCUCCGAGAGACCAUCAUAAAAAUGGACAAGGAUUUUCCAUGGAGAACAAGACUGGGUUAUGCCAAAGACAUUGCAUCUGGAAUGGCCUAUCUACAUUCCAUGAAUGUUAUCCACAGAGAUCUAAACUCACACAACUGCCUGGUCAGAGAGAACCAGUCUGUGGUGGUGGCAGAUUUUGGACUAGCCCGCCUGGUGACAGAGGAGAGGAAUCAGAGCAGAACAUCCUCUCUGGAAAGGCCUGUGAAGGGGGCGCUGUCAGAGCUUCGCAGGCCUGAUCGGAGAAAGCGUUACACUGUGGUAGGAAACCCCUACUGGAUGGCCCCUGAGAUGAUCCAAGGAAAAAGCUACGAUGAACGGGUGGACAUCUUUUCUUUUGGUAUCAUGAUAUGUGAGAUAAUAGGUAGAGUGAAUGCCGACCCUGACUACCUCCCCCGGACCAAUGACUUUGGGUUAAAUGUAGACGGUUUCCUGCAACAGUACCACCCUCUACAGUGCCCCUCUGCCUUCCUGCCACUGGCUGCCCUCUGCUGUGACAUGGACGCUGAUAAACGUCCUUCAUUUUCAAAGCUGGAGGAGUGGCUGGGAAACCUGCUGAUGCACCUGGACAUGGGUCUGCCUCUUCUCUCAGAGUUGGAUCAGCUCCGCAGAGCUUUCUGGGAGAAUCACAUUCAAAAAAACUUCUUUCACGAGCAGGACAAGAUGCUUGUUCCUCCUGAACAAAUCCACUGUUCGCAGCCACAAAGACAGAGCCCUAGUCCUAAGCGAUGCUCGGAUGAUGCAAAAAAGCACGCUGAGCUAAAUAAUAUAACUCAGAGCCAAGACCAAACUAGCACACUUGAAAGCCAUUCGGACAGACAGCAACACAAGCAUAAUAACCAUGGCAUGAGGACUGUGUAUAAACACAUGAGUGGAGAAUGUAAUGACCACUCACAAGACAAGAGACAGACGGGUGUCAGGUCUACAAGCACAGACAGAAAGAAUGAAUCUGAAACCAAUGAACACAGUAACUCUGUGGGACAACUAAUAUCCCAGUACGAACUCUCACAACCACUGCAGGUGAACAGCCCGCUGCUAGGCCGGUCCAACAGGCCCAGGAGGAUUUGCAGAGUGCUGUGGGAGAGAACUACAGAGGACAGCUCUUUUUUGUGACUGUCCGAUCUAAUGGAGAACGACAGAACACUCCUUCAAAGCCCAUUUUUGAGGGAUAAUACACUUAUUAAAGACAAUUGUGCCUUUUCAGACACUUGGGAGAGCAAAACAGUCAUAACGCAUGGAAAACCUGCAGAGGGAUAAUACAGAUUGAUAUUCUGCAUGAAAAUAUUAAAAAGACUUGUAUGCAGCUU